CUAUCGAUAGUGGACAUCGAUACUCUGAAUCCAUAUGUUGUCGAUACAUGUGCAACUAAAUUAAAUUCGGAUUAUUAUAAUGAUAAAUUCGGCAAAAUACUUUGCCCUGCUGGAAAGUUUAACUUUUGAACAGGCUCUAGCAAAUAAGGCAAACGCCAGUCAGCCGGGUGCUGGUUCCUCGAUUUCUCAGAAUUUGAACAUUUUGGAGAAAUAUGCCAAACAAAACGUUGACCAACAGCUGCACGAUCUCUGCACAAUAUUCGAGCUAACAGCCGAAGAGGAGGCCCCCAUAAAAUAUUCAGAUCCCGCUACAUGCUACAUUAUCCGCCUUCAGCAUGCGCUCCAGAUGCUCUUUUCAAAGAUAAACUUUGACAGCGAUGCCAAGGAGGACCUUAUAUCGGUGGCACACCUCAAGCUGUGCAUUCAAGCCACCCAGGAGCUGUCCUACUAUGCACUUCGCUGCCAGCUGCACGAGGAUUUCCUUAAAUCACCAAUUUUCAAAGAGGCACAAGGCAAAGUCAAGUGUAAUCCCUCGCUGCUGCUCCUCAGCAUUCAGUUUUUUGUGCGGGUUUUACCCAUACGCCAAUUUCAUAUUGCCAACUCCAUGGAGUUGUUAAAGAGGGACCUGCUGGCAAGCAUUAUGAGUCUGCGCCUCCAAAUGGAUCAUCCGAAGCUGGAGGCAGUCCUUGCCUAUCUCUGGCGGCAUGAAUCCAAAUCGGAUUUCUUUCGCCAUGUGCUUCUAUUAAAGGCCACUUCACUGUGCGCACCUUUGGCCAAGGCCCUGCACCAGCAGCUGCUGGGAAAGCUAAACUCAACGCAUGGGUAUGCCAGCUUUGUGGAUGCCCUGCAGCAGACACCGAAUGUGAGUGCCACGAGAAAUGCUGAGAUCGUGGCUAGUAUCGUGGCUAGGAAGGGCUUCUCACAGUCAGCUCAGCAAGCAAUGAUCCUUCAGGUUCUUGAGUUUUGUAGUGGCUCUCUGACGGAUGCCGACAGGAUGUGUGUGGGUGUCCUGUCUCUGCGGAGAUUUUACGAGUUGAGUGCACAAAACCAGCAACAGAUUGAGGCGAUUCUGUCCACCCAUUGGCAGGUGCUCGCUGAUCCAGAAGAUUUGAUAAGUGGCCUGAUCUUGAUGGAGCACGAGGAGCUGUGCAAUCGCAUCCUCCUCUGGCAACAUCUAUUCUGCAGUUCCAGCGUUGCCUGUCUGCCGAGUAGCCUGCUCACACGAUAUCUGCCACUGCUUCUGCAGCUGUACGAUGGUCUGCCUAGGGAACUGCCAGCCAGGGAUCAGCUGGCUGCGAUCAUAUCCCGCUGUCUGGACAAUCGGGAGCGGGAAAAGGAACUGCCAGAGGUCGUGCAACGUCUGUUCAAGUGGAAACUCGAAGAGGAACCCAUCUGGCUGUGCCUUCACCAGCGCAUAUUGAUCCUGCCCUCCACACAAACGAUUCGGAUACAAGUGAAAGUAGCCCCUGCGGAUCACCAGCUAGACCAUGACAUGGGCCGAGUGCUGCCCAGUCUAUUAAUGUCCAGUUCGCAUCAUGCGCUCACCUGCAAUGUAUUCCUGGCACUGUUGGGCUUUAUGACUCGACAGUUGCAGGAGAAAUCCCCCUUAGGCGUGGAUUUUCUGUCCACGGAAACGGAACUCAUGCACUUCCUUCAGCAUAAAUAUCAGUUAAAGCUGCAUCUGCUGAUAGCCCUUAAUCAGUUGGUGUCACAUCAGCCGCUGCGUGCACAGUUGGCAAUGCAUACCAAAGAAUUUCUGCAGCUGCUCAAGGAUUUGCUGCAGCAGCGAUUGGCAGCAGAGGAGGAGGACACUGAUCAGACCCUACUCCUCAUACUCAACCUUCUGCAGGAACUGUUGCAACGCAGCAAAGAUUUGCAGCUAACCGAAAGCACAAGGGAACUUCAGGCGCAACUCCACCAGCUGGGAUCGCUGUCAACCAACCAGUUUAUCCAGCAAUCCGUUCAAUCUCUGAUGAAUAUAUUGCAGGGCGAGUGGCGGCCCAGUGAAGCUCUCAAGUUGCAGCCAUUCCAUAAAGCGCGUUCCCUCAUCGAGGAGAAAGAGUCCCAUCUGCAAGUCUAUGGCAUACAAAUGUUGUUGGUUCUACUGCAACGAAAGGAUCCCGCAACGAUGGCCCAGGGUCAUCUAAUCAUAGCUUUGGCUCUCAGCACACUCAAGGAUAAGGAGUCCUAUACGUUCCUAAAUUGUGUGCGUCUGUUUGUGGCACUGGUUCAUGUGAUGGAAGCCGAAGUGCUGGAUAAAUUGAGUGACGAAUAUCUGUCGGAGACAGCCGAUCUGGACUAUCGUCUGGUUGUCGGCGAGGCUAUCCUCAAGGCCGCCCAGGAAUUAGGUCCCCUAUGCUAUAGGUACAAGGCUGUGCUUCUCAAUUGCUUCAUGCAUGGCUCGCGUUCGCCUCUCCAUGAGUUUCGCAUGUCCGCCUUCGCCAAUCUCGCCCAGCUCUGCCGUUUGUUGGCCUAUCAGGUGCAGAACUUUUUCCAGGAGCUGAUGGAUCUCAUCAACAGCGAACUGAGUGCCACAGGAGGAUAUUUGCCCACUAAACGAGCGGCUGUCGUUGUAUUAGCUGAGCUACUGAAUGGCAUGGAGAAUCUCUUGGAUUACGAGGAUAUGCUGCUGCCCAUUUAUCGUUUGCUGCGAGCGAUUGAAGCGGAGGAAUCCUGUGAUCCAGCCAUGCGUCAGCAUGCAGCCAAUGGUCUAAAGAUCUUGAAUGACAAGUGCCGAAAGCUCAUUCAAAGUUGCCUAGAGGCAAGGGAACUGCACAAGGAAAUAAGGGUAAUGGGCAUCAAGGAUAAGCCUUCUGCCAGGAGGAAUCCUCACAUUUUGGAACUCAAUUAAAUGGUUUUAUAUAAUAAAAUAACUUUUAAAUGCAAAAGCAA